CGGCGGGACACGGCGGGACACGGCGGGACACGGCGGGACGCGCGGGGCCGAGAGGGGCCGACCUGAGUGAGGCAGAGCGAGCGGGACUCACCGGGACUGAGCAGGAUCAGCCGGGACACACUGGGACGCACCGGGACUGAGCACGAUCCACAGGAACCCACGGGACACGCAGGAUCCACCGGGACUGACCGGGGCCGAGCGGCGCCGCCAUGUGCGACGUGUCGGAUGACGGUGGCGGCUGCGGGGCGGACGCGGAGCCGCCGCGGCGCCGCCGCGCACCGGCAGACAGCCACCCCCGAACCUGCAUGAAGUGCGGGCAGGGCACGGCCGUCCUCAUCAUCCGUGUCGGGGACCCCUUCUGCCGUGGCUGCUUCCGUGAGUACUUCGUGCACAAAUUCCGUGCGAUGCUGGGCAAGAACCGCGUCAUCUUCCCAGGAGAGAAGGUGCUGCUGGCGCUGUCGGGAGGCUCAGCCUCCAGUGCCAUGGUCCGGCAGGUGCAGGAGGGCCUCAGCCGGGAGGCGGCCAAGAGGCUCCGCUUCGUCCCCAGCCUCAUCUACGUUGAGGAGGGAGCUGUGCGCAGGCAGAGCCCAGAGCAGCGGGAGCAGACUCUGGCCCACAUGGAAACCCUGAUGCAGGCCACCGGCUUCCCCUACCAUGUGAUCCAUCUGGAGGAGGCACUGGAGCUGCCCCCAUCCAUCUUACAGCCGGGGCCAGAGCAGUCCAGCAAGUCCAGUCCAUCCGGCCCCUCCUACAAGGAAGCUGUGGACAGCUUCAUCCAGCAGAAGCGACAGGAGGGGGAUGUGGACAGUGCCACCUCUCUGCCUGGCCACAGCACCCAGGACACACCAGUGGGACCCCCAGGCACCCCCCGCCUGCCUGACACUGCCCAAACCCAGGAGCUGCUCCGGAUCUUCGAGGCUGUGGAGACAGCAACAGCACGGGAGGAGCUGCUGCAGAUGCUGCGGACCCACCUCAUCCUGCAGACAGCCCGGAGCAGGGGCUACUCCAAGGUGAUGACAGGCGAGAGCUGCACCCGCGUGGCCAUCAAGCUCCUCACCAAUCUGUCGCUGGGCCGUGGCGCCUUCCUCGCCGUUGACACGGGCUUCACAGACAAGCGUCAUGGCGACGUGAUGGUGGUGCGGCCCAUGCGGGACUACACGGCCAAGGAGAUCGCCUUCUACAACCACUUCUUCAGUGUCCCCACCGUCAUCGUACCACCUCUCUUCACCAAGCGCCGGGAGAAGCUCAGCAUCCACCACUUGAUCGAGCGCUUCCUCCUGGGGCUGCAGGAGGAUUUCCCCUCCACCAUCAGCACUGUUUACCGGACAGGGGAGAAGCUGAGCCCAGACCCAGCCAAGGCCAGCAGUGAGUCCCAGCGCUGCCUCCUCUGCCUCUGCGGCCUGGACAUUGAAGGAGGGCUGAGAGCAAAGCUGCCUAUAUUCCACUGCUGUGCUACAGUUGCCGCCUCACCUUCAAGGAGCUGGGCCCCCUCACCACGCUGCCACCCUACGUACGUGCCGAGGCCCAGCGCAGGAUCCACAGUGUAUCCAUCCCUUGCAGUGCAGAGAUGGAGCAGCAGAAACAGGACAACCAGGAGCCCAGCAAGAGCUGAAGGGGUUGGGGACAGUGGGGACACAGACCCCCAUCCCUCAGUGGUACUACUGGGCCAGGUGCCAACCACACCCAAGCUUGGUGGGGACCCCUGGCACCCAUUUCUGCUCCAGCCAUGGGCAGGGAGAGCCCCCACCCCCCAUUUAUUGGGGGCCAGGAUUGCUGGCAACCCCAGCAUAGCACAUCCCUGGACCCCCCACCCUCCCUGCCCCAGCUGCCUGUCAGCCAGGAAGGCCUCAAGUUUGUUUUAUUCAAUAUCUGUAUAAAUAAACCAUUUGAAUUCAUAAAAAACAAAAACAAACUCGAAGUCAACAAGUGUCUGAAGUCCAACUGGG